AUGUGUACAUAUACGCCAUUAUCCGCAGUCAUGGCAAAGAACGUCUCACCCUCAUGCACCAUUACUAUUAGCAGCAGUCAGCCAUCAACCAGCCAAAUAGGCUUCUUCUUAUCUUACACACAUCUAAUCUCACCGAAACUCCAAAACAUCACAUUAACAUCCGCGACCAUGGGUCUCCUCCGUAAACUCCUCGGCCGCAAGCCCAAAACCCCCAGAGCUCAAACCACAACCUUCACAAGCCCGAAUCCGUUCCCAGACGAGGAAACCUUCGCGGCAGUCAAAGCCCACGUCAUGGCCCGCGCGCGCGCCAACGCCUCCAACCCAGAAUACAUCGCCAUGCAGCGCCACGUCGCCUUCUCGGCGCCCACGACCUUCUUAGAGGCGAAUUACCCACCCGAGAAAAACAACCUCAUCACUCCCAUGGGGCCGAUACCGACUGACACCGGGGAGGGGAUCAGGGUAGAUGAUGAGACUGUCAUUCCGUGUGAGGACACGAUGUUUUUUAUGGUUUUGAAGCAUGACCCAGAAGGGAAGAAGAUGCCAGAGAUGAAGAUGUUGUUUUUUGUGGCGAUUCCUCCAAAAGGUUGUGGGGGUGAGUUUGCUGGGACGCCGAUGGCAUAUGAGACGCUUGGGACGGAGGGUUGGAAGGCGGUGGAGAGGGAGGCGGAGGGGUUUGUGAGGAAGUGGAAUGGGGCUGGAGAGAUGGGGAGGAGGCCGGAGGAGGGGGUGAAGGUUGUUGUGCAGAUGGGGAUGGAUAUGGGGGUUUGGGAGUGGAGGAGGGAAGGGGGGUUGGUGGAGCCGGAGGGUGGGGUUGAGAUGAGGGAGGUGAGAGAUGAGGGAAGGUGGGAGAGGGACGGGAUGAGGUUGCCUCCGACGACGGGGGAGGUGGAGGAAGGGGUAGCAAGGUAG